AUGGAGUUCCAAGAGCUAGUUGGUGAUGAUACCACAAGGUUGCCACCAAUGAGAAGUAUUCAGCAUGCUAUUGAUUUGGUGCCUGGGGCAGCUUUACCAAACCUUCCUACUUAUAGAAUGCCACCCACGCAACGGGCUGAAAUUCAAAGGCAAGUGGAAGACUUGAUUUUUAAGGGCUUUGUGCGUGAGAGCAAAAGUCCUUGCGCUGUUCCAGCUUUGCUAACACCAAAAAAAGAUGGAUCACAGAGCAUGUGUGUCGACAGUCAUGCCAGUAAAAUACCGGUUUCCUAUCCCUCCAAGGUGUUCUCCAAAAUAGAUUUGAGAAGCGGUUAUCAUCAGAUUCGUAUGAAGAGUGGUGAUGGGUGGAAGACGGCCUUCAAAACUCCAAAUGGAUUACGAAUGGUUGUGUUUCUUGGCUUUAUUGUUUCAGCCAAUGGUUUGCAAGCUGACCCUCAUAAAGUAAGAGCUAUUAAAGAGUGGCCAGUACCACAAUCUGUGGGAAUAGGGGCUGUUUUGAGUCAAGAAGGAAGGCCGGUGGAAUUUUUUAGCGAGAAGUUGUCAGGUGCUAAAUGUCGUUAUUCUACCUGUGAUUUGGAAUUUUAUGCUUUGGUCCGUGCAAUCCAACAUUGGGAACACAACCUAGCCUAUAAAGAAUUUGUGGUUUAUUUAAAUCAUCAAGCCUUAGGGUACUUGAAUUCUCAAAAGAAGUUGAAUGCUCGACAUGUCAAAUGGAGUUCAUACCUUCAAGAUUUCAAUUUUUGUCUUAAGUACAAAACUAGUGAGUCUAAUAAAGUUGCAGAUGCUUUAAGUCGGAGGAAUCUAUUGUUGACAGUAAUAAGUACUCAAGUUAUUGGGUUUGAGGAGUUGAAAAAUCAGUAUGUUGCAGAUCCAUAUUUCAGCUCUGCAGUUGCUGAACUUCAAGGCCCUGCAAGUUGA